AUGAGUUCACCAGCUCCACAAGACAAUUCUGAUCUACCGCCACCUUGGAUUCGACAAUUCGAUACAAAUUAUCAGACUUACUUCUACAUCAACCCAUCCACCGAACCGCCCACGACAUCAUGGACGCACCCCGCACUUUCAGAAGGACAAGUUCAUCCGGAACAAGCUGACGCCUUGAAUCAAGCAAAUCAAGGUCAAAGUCAAAAUCAGAAUCAAGGAGAGGCUGCUGCUUUCAUGAACUCGGGAAGUGUAGCUGAUCCAGUCCCCGGUAAUGCUGUGCAAAAUAAUUCACAAUACUCCAAUGAACAAGGUGGAGAAGCCGGAGAACGAGGUUUAGGAAGUACAAUCUCGAGCUUAAUGGGAAAGAACAGUGGACAGUAUGGAAACCAGCAACAAUAUGGAUAUAAUCAGCAACAAGGAUACCAAGGUUACAAUACUGGUUAUACCCCCCAGCAACAACAAUCGAGUUCAAGCGGCCUUGGUUUCGGAUCGGGUAUGGCUGCAGGAGGAGGCGCAUUACUUGCAGGCAAGCUCCUCAGUAGUGCUUUGGGGAACAAACAUCAUAGCUCGUACGGCGGCAGCGGAGGCGGGUUGUUCAGUCACAACAUGGGCCCACCACCCUUCAUGGGCGGCGGCGGCGGCGGUAUGUUCGGAGGAGGAGGAGGUGGUGGUGGUGGAAUGUUCGGAGGAGGAGGAGGCGGUAUGUUCGGUGGUCCAGGAGGCGGUGGCGGCAUGUUCGGCGGAGGUGGUGGACAACAUGGAGGACAUCACGGUGGUGGUGGUGGUGGUUUCGGCGGUGGAGGAGGAUUUGGAGGUCCAGGUGGAUUUGGAGGUGGUGGUGGAGGAUUUGGUGGAGGGGGAGGAGGAUUCGGUGGUCCAGGAGGACAUCACGGGGGAGGAGGUGGCCAUCACGGAGGUGGUGGAGGAGGAUGGUAA